AUGGUCGUUGUGAAUCCCAACUCCACACCUGACUCUCUGGAGAUCGAUUUUCACGAUACCACGUCGGAAGAUGCCCAGAAGACACCUACCCGUGGACGAACUCCCACUAGAGACUCCUCCCUCCAAAGGUCGAAUACUGUCUCUGGACACAUAACUGUAGAGAACUCGACCAACCAUGCUCAGGCCACGUUAACAACAUCCAUUUCUUCCGAGCCUUCAGCUUCUGUGAAGAGCACAACAUCAGUGGCGACCACCAUCGAGGACGUCGAAACACAUGAUGAUCCAAACUAUCGCCCUACUCUUGAUACCAUCUCCGCAGCUUUGUCUCUUGCAGCUGAACUCAACAUAGACCCAUUACCGUCCUAUAUUGGCCAACGGACCCGGGGGGAGCGCUCACCAGUCCCGUUCAAGAAUGUCAAACCGGGAUCACUGGCACCGCCAAAGACACGGCGCAAGAUUCGUAUGCUUCAGAGGGACCUGAACAUUCCUGAAGGGCAAUGUGCUGUGACGCUAGAGCACACGCCGAAAUCUUCCUUUGAGUAUGCGCAUAUUCGUCACCUCGAGAGGGCAUUUGGCAUGGAUCCUGCGACUCUCAAUAUUCACACACACCCGAACGUAUUUCCCUUACGCGUGGAUGUCCACAAGCCUUUUGACGAUGGUGUCUGGAGCUGUGCCCCUGUAGCUGGCUCCGAUCUCGAGGAAGAGAUGAAAGUCUACCUCCAUGCACUCAAACAAGUCAAAGCAGUCGAGGGACACCCUCCGUAUUGGAGACAGGUAAUCAAUCGCAAACAAUACGAGUAUAGUUUCGUUGUGCUUGAUACUGAGCCGUGGGCGAUCGCCCGACGUCUCCAGCCAACCAACAAUCCAGAUUAUCAUGUCCACGAGACAAUCAACUACCCAUUCGAAAAAAUGACCAUUAAAACUCACAUUCACCCCUUCCCUUUCGUGUAUGACCUGGUCACAAAAAUCAGGCGAACCGCGGACCCUCCUCAUACCCAACGGGUGAUUGAAGAUCGUCAUGGCUGCUCAGUCCAGACGUACUUGGACAUCGUUGACGAAUGGAUGGGCUUGGAUCUACCACCCGAUUAUACCACCGCUGGGCCACGUCCGAAGCCUGUGUCGACCAUAAUGCCACCGGUCACACCGAGGUACCAACUUCGUCAUCGUGUUAAUGGCAAGGUACCGCCGAAGCCAAAGAAUGCCAACGCUCAUCGUGCGCAGACCGACCCACUUCCUGUAGACGAGGGUGAUACAUCCUCAGAGACAAGUUCCGACCAUCCGCCAGCGGGUGUCAUCCAAUCCGAUACUGCAUUGCUUAACAAGAAGGUCGAAUGGUAA